UUAAAAAUGGCUCAAGAUUUAGAGUACCAACAAAUGAUUUUACAGUUCAAUUCCGUCAUGAGCGUCCUUUUUGUGGAAAAAGAUGAUAUACAAGGAAAGCCUUUUGAUAACCUUCAAUCUCUCAACUCAGCAGUUGCAGAAAUUAAAAAUCAACCGCUAAAAGGUGAAUCUUCGUUGAAAAAGAAUCAUGAUUUUGAAAUCUUCAGGUUUGGAAAGAAAUCACAGAUCGAAGAUUAUCCCAAUUUUGGUCUUCAAGAGCAUUCUAUUCGGAAUAAAAGAGUAAGGAAUAAAAGAAUGAGGAGUGACAGUUACUGAGCUGCCACCCACAAUUCUUCCCCUCAGGUAGAUAAAGGGUCUCACAUGAAUUAUAAUUUCCUUGCUGCUAAGUAUGCCAAACUGUCACAUAGUGAUAAAUAAGACUUACAAGCGUGACUAUUUUUAACAUCAAAGAAAGUUCUUUCAUGAAAUCUCCCUUCAGAAAUUCUCGUAAAGACAGGAAUAUCUGACCAGAGAUCAGGCAGGCUAGAAUGGACAGGCAGAAGAAAACUUUUCAGAGAGAAAAACUACGCCUAGGCAGAUUUAUAUAGCCCAGUCUUCAUCUACAACUGCAUCUGAAUAUGGGACAAAUAUUCAGAAGUUUAACAGCAUUAAAUACUAUGAAAGGGCUCAACAGAAGGAGAUUUCACCAAAAGAAGUAGACAUGAAGGAAGAGACCAAAUCAGAUCAGGACUUACAGCUGGAAGUCAGAGAGCAGCCUGGUAAGAAUACCAGUGAGCAAUGUAAAGUUAGACAAAAGCAAACUCUGGAAGAGAAGAAACCUUUUAGAGAAAGAGAGCAUAAAGAUGUACUGAAAGUCCAGAAAAUGAACUUUGGCAAUAAUUCAUGUGAUGUAAUGGAACAGGACAUGAAAAGUUAUGAUAAAGAGAAUAUGGAGUUGAAGGUUGAAAGAAGAAAGCCUACUCUAUAUGAUUUUUAUCAACCUCAGCCUUCAGAUCUUGAAAGAGAUGUUUCUGAGGAUCUCAAAAGCACCAAACACUCUUUACCACUUCAAAGAUCUACAAAAUCAUCAAAACCCUACCUACACCAAUCUAUGCUGUCCAAGGGCUCAAAAUUGCUCAGAUAACUCCUAUCUCAUCAUCUUCCCUCCAUUUCAC